AAAAGCAAUUUGGGAGGGGCAAGAAUGAACUAUAAAACCUGCAUGUAAACUGGAGUAAGCCAGAGAGAAACUUUAGCUGUCAAGCAAACAGCACCUCGGUCUCAAAGGUUGAAACAAUGGAGAACGUGCAGCCAGCAAACACAGAAUUUGCCCUCAACUUUUUCAAGCACCUGAAUCGAACAAAUAAUAAUCAGAAUGUCUUCCUCUGCCCUUGGAGCAUCUCAUCCACCCUAGCCAUGAUCUAUAUGGGUGCUGAGGGUAACACGGCUGACCAGAUGGCGAAGGUACUUCAGUUUAAUCAGGCUGGAGGAAAUGAGGUUGAAGUACCUCAGGCCAUACGCAAGGAUGCAGGCUGUGGGAUGAUGCAGCAGAUCCAGAAGAAACAUUACCCUUUGGUCAUUCAAAAGGCACAAGCUAGAAACAAUACCCACUCCUCCUUCAAGACUCUCAGCGCUGCUAUCAACCAACCUUCAGAUGAUUAUCUUCUUGAAAGUGCCAAUAAGCUGUUCGGAGAGAAGUCCUCAAGAUUCAAAGAAGAAUACCUAAGGCAAUGUAAAGAAUAUUACUCUGCAGAACCACAACCUGUUAACUUUAGAGAAGAUGCGAAUGAAGCUAGAAAAGAGAUCAACUCCUGGGUUGAAACUCAGACAAAAGGUAAAAUUCCAGAUCUGUUACCUGAAGGAUCGGUGAAUGAUGAGACCAGGUUGGUCCUGGUAAAUGCUGUUUACUUCAAAGGAAAAUGGAAAACUCCAUUCCAAAAUAAAGCAAAGAGACCACAGCCUUUCCGAGUGACCUUGACUGAACGUAAACCUGUACAGAUGAUGUACCUACAAGAUAAGUUGCACAUUGGCUACAUAAACGAACUGAAGGCUCAGAUUCUAGAACUCCCGUAUGCUGGUGAUGUCAGCAUGUUUGUCCUGCUUCCUGAUGAAAUUAAUGACUCUUCCACUGGGUUGGAAUUGCUAGAAAGAGAAAUAACCUACAAAAAACUUAAUGAGUGGAUCAAAAAAGCCACAAUGGAGAGUAAUGAUGUUCAUGUUUUCCUGCCCAAGUUCAAGUUGGAAAAGAAUUAUGAACUCAAGUCCAUUCUGCAGAGCAUGGGAAUGAAAGAUGCCUUUAGCAUAAGCGAAGCCAAUUUUUCAGGAAUGUCAGAGAGAAAUGAUCUCUUUCUGUCCCAAGUGUUCCACCAAGCUGCCGUAGAUGUCAAUGAAGAGGGCACGGAGGCAGCUGCUGGCACCGGGGGUGUCAUGACAGGGCGAUCUGGCCGUGUGGGACUGCAGUUUGUGGCUGAUCAUCCUUUCCUUUUCUUUAUCAGGCAUAACAAAACCAAUACUAUCCUUUUCUUUGGCAGAUUCUGCUGCCCCUAAAAUGGAAACAUUCUGUCUUUGCACAGGAACUCAUAACACGAGCAGCAAACCUCAAAACUGUUAUCUUGCAGUGCAAAAGCCCAGAGGCUUUUCAUCAUGUUCCUGUUUCUCUGGGCAAGUAUUAUAGAUUAGAAAUGAUUACCUGCUCUAGUUGCUUUAAUAGAAAUGGAAAGAAUGAUUUGCACACUUGAAGUGAUUGAGCAUUGGCUUGACUGUUCACUCUUAUUUUAAUUGUAGAAUAUAGUUUUUAUUGCAUUAUUUAUUAUUUUAUAAUAUGGUAUUUUAUAAAUGUUAACUGCCAUUUAUAUGAGUAUAAAACUAAUGAAGCCACAGUGUGCCAACAGGAAAACUGGCUGCUAAUAAUGCAUUCAGUCAUUGUUUCCUGCAAUUAAUGAUUGGAAAAUAUCCUUCCUCACCAGCUCAAUUAGUGUAACUAAAAUGUACAAAGGAAAAACUUCUGACGGAAAAUUAAACUAUAUGUUAAUAUAUGUCAUAUAGAUUUCUAAUAUCAGCACAGAGAUGUAACUGAAAUGGCAAAGCAAAUAUAAAUAAACAAUGUCAAUAAAGCUA